AUGGCGGAAAACAAAGAACCAUCCUUGAAUAACUCCUACUACGGUCCCCCAAUCCCUCCCCAGCAAUCUCACCGUCGCAGCGGCCGAGCCAUUCCUCCAGGCUGCAAGCCCUACCGCCUUCUGUGCUUCAUUUUUAAGGCCAUCACUCUCGUCCUCAUCGUCCUAGGCAUCAUUGUUCUCAUCCUCUGGCUUAUCUUCCAGCCCCGUGACCUCCAUGUCUACGUCGAGAAUGCACAACUCGCCCGCUUCGACCUUGCUCAAAACCACACCCUCUACUAUGAUCUUGCCCUUAACAUGAGCAUCAGGAAUCCCAACAAGGCUGGCUUAUACUACGAACGUGUCGAGGCCUUCGCCUCGUAUGACGGGUCCCGGUUUGGGUACCAGAGCCUCCCCAAGUUCCACCAGCCCCGCAAGAGCACGGUGGCGCUCCACCCAAGCUUCCAAGGCCAGAAUUUGGUGCUCGGGAACUCGGUCAAUGGAACUUUUGACAGGGAGAAGGGUGAGGGUUUCUUCCACAUCAGUAUAAAGAUCAACACAAAGGUUAGGUUGAAGAUGAUAGUCAUACAGAGCGCCGUGUAUGUGCCGGAGGUGGACUGUUAUCUGAGGCUUCCGGUGCCGUCUAAUAUCACCUCGGUGGCCGCCGGGUUUACAAGGACCGAGUGCAGCGUGGGCAGCUUCUCGUGA